UUUGUAAAUUUUGUAAAGAAACUUUUAAUCCUGAUGAUGCACAAAAUGUGCGAAAACGUUUGAAUUAAUAUUUUAAAAUUCUUAUUACUUCCUCCAUGUUAUGCGUUAGUUUUCCCCUAAUUCAUGAAAUUCCAUUGGUUUUUCGACCGGGUGACAUGAUGAAGGACUAGUGUAGUAACUUGGGUUAACAACAAUUUCUGACCAUCUGAUUUACCAAUAAAUAUUUUAUGCAAUUGUAUUUUUUAGGAUUAGGUUGCUGCAGAUAAAUGAUCUAAUAGAAUAACUUCGAUCAAUGUGCUGCUAAUCCGAAUAUGAGAUAUGACAAUAGAUUUAUCUUGUACCUCCUGUGCGAUGAUAAUCUUUACUUGUAAACCCGAGUGACUAAUCAGAAGAAACCGAAAGUAUGCCGACAAAAUCAAAAAAGGAGAAAAGCGCCAAAGAGGCUACCAAUGGUACCAGUGAAACGGAUGUGGGUUCGAUUCAAGAGAGGGAGUUUGUCAAGCUUCCGCUUCUAACAGAAACCAAUGGUGCAGAUGAACGCGAGAAAUUAGUUGUAGAGAAAUUGCGUCUCUGUAGCGUUCUUUUUGAUUUCAGCGCUAAUCCUUUAAGUGAGUUGAAACACAAAGAAGCUAAAAGAGCGACGCUAAACGAACUUGUUCAGUACUUCUCACAAAACAGGAAUGUUCUCACUGAAACUAUUUACGCCGAAGCUGUUCGAAUGUUCAGCUGUAAUCUCUUCCGAACACUUCCUCCUCCGAGUAACCCAAGCGGAGCCGAAUUUGACCCGGAAGAAGAUGAGCCGAGUCUAGAGGCAGCGUGGCCCCAUUUGCAGAUUGUUUAUGAACUGUUGCUUCGCUUCAUAGAAAGCCCAGAUUUUUCAGCUAAUGCGGCUAAGAAACAUAUUGAUCAACAGUUUGUAUCGCAACUUCUGGAGCUAUUCGACAGCGAGGAUCCCAGAGAAAGAGAUCUGUUAAAGACAACAUUGCACAGAAUCUAUGGAAAGAUGCUGGGUCUCCGUGCUUUUAUACGAAAGCAGAUUAAUCACACGUUUUACAGAUUCAUCUAUGAAACAGAGCGCCACAAUGGCGUAGCGGAGCUAUUAGAAAUUCUGGGCAGCAUAAUCAACGGUUUCUUCAUGCCUCUAAAAGAGGAACACAAAGUAUUUCUGCUUAAGGUGCUGCUGCCCCUGCACAAAGCUAAGAGUCUUUCGGUUUAUCAUCCCCAGCUAGCUUAUUGCAUUGUACAGUUUCUGGAAAAAGACAGUAGUCUUACGCAGCCCGUGGUUGCUGCUUUGUUAAAGUUUUGGCCGAAAACUCACUCACCGAAAGAGGUGAUGUUUCUGAAUGAACUGGAAGAGAUGUUGGACAUAGUGGAUGCUACUGAGUUCCAGAAAGUAAUGACUGCAGUGGGACGCCAGCUGGCGAGGUGUGUGUGCAGUGCGCACUUCCAAGUUGCCGAGAGGGCUCUCUACUUCUUCAACAACGAGUACAUCAUGCAUUUGGUGCAGGACAAUGCACAGACACUCAUGCCUAUCCUCUUCCCACCUCUCUACGCACACUCCAAAACACAUUGGAACAAGACAAUCCAUGGUCUGAUCUACAAUGCACUGAAGCUGUUGAUGGAGAUGAACCAGCGUCUGUUUGAUGAGUGUGUGCAACAGUAUAAGGAGGAGAGGCGGAAGGAGAGAGAAGCUCUUCAGAAGAGAGACACUGCGUGGACUAACAUCUUACAAGCUGCCAAACAGAAUCCUCAGGCCACAAACUUCCUCGAAAACGGACUCACCUUCGAACCCAAUCAGGCGCUAUUAGACGAGUCCAGCGAACUGUCUCUGCCCGACUUCAGAGGAGACAACAAUGGAUUCAUCAGAUCAGGUCUGGAAAAUUCUAGCGAAAAGGAAAAUGGAUUGGACAGUAAAGCGUCACCGUCGCCUCUGAUAAAAGACGAGACUCUCACGUCAUAACAGAGAUGACAUAAUGUUUCUUUUUCUAACAAUUUUCUAAAUCACAAAUAAUCUAUUGCAUUGAUCAAUUAGUAGCUCAAUAAUUAAUAUAAGUAGAUUCCAAUA